GGUCUGUUGCUGCUGCUCCUCCUCCGCCUUGUCCUUUUCCCCGGGCAGGCAGAGUCUGGGGCGCCCGGCGUGCCGCGAUGCGGAGCUGGAGACGCGGGGAGCCCUGAGCGCGCCUUUGCAGGGAGCUGGAGGAGCGGGAACAAGAGGGCAGCAGCCGUGAAGCAGCCGCCCCGUGCUGGGCUCGCCCCCCAUGGCUUAACGCUCGCUGCCCCCGGGACGGAGCGCCGAAGUCAUCAUGAGCAAGUUACGAUCGCACAUGGAUUAAAAGAAGCAAUUGUUGAUGAGCUACACAGUAGCCCAAAAGACAGGCGGACUGGAAGGGGGACAGCUGCCAGCAAACCAAGAAGGGCUGGUGGCUAAGCGGGAAGCAUGGAGGGAAGGAGUAACGAGAAGGUGAACCAGGCCCACGUCCUCUUUGACCGAUUUGUUCAGGCCACAACCUGCAAAGGGACUCUCAAGGCCUUCCAGGAGCUCUGUGACUACCUGGAGCUUAAGCCCAAGGACUACCGUACUUUCUACCACAAGCUUAAGUCCAAGCUUAAUUACUGGAAAGCCAAAGCACUUUGGGCCAAGUUGGAUAAGAGAGGCUGCCACAAAGACUACAAGAAAGGGAAAGUAUGCGCCAACACGAAGUGUCUCAUCAUUGGGGCUGGACCCUGCGGCCUUCGAACAGCCAUUGACCUGUCCUUUCUAGGAGCAAAGGUGGUGGUAAUAGAAAAGCGUGAUGCCUUCUCCCGCAACAAUGUCCUGCACCUGUGGCCAUUCACGAUCCAUGACUUGCGAGGCCUUGGAGCCAAAAAGUUCUAUGGCAAAUUCUGUGCAGGAGCCAUUGACCAUAUCAGUAUUCGUCAGCUCCAGCUGAUACUCUUGAAGGUCUCCUUGAUCCUGGGGGUUGAGAUCCAUGUCAAUGUGGAGUUCCAGGGUCUUGUCUACCCUCCAGAGGACCAGGAGAAUGAGAGGAUAGGCUGGCGUGCACAAGUCCACCCGAAAACACAUCCAGUGUCAGAAUACGAGUUCGAUGUUAUCAUUGGAGGUGAUGGACGGCGGAACACUUUGGAAGGCUUUCGACGAAAAGAGUUCCGAGGCAAGCUGGCAAUUGCCAUCACAGCAAACUUCAUCAACCGCAAUACCACAGCGGAAGCCAAAGUUGAAGAGAUUAGUGGUGUGGCCUUCAUAUUCAACCAGAAAUUCUUCCAGGAUCUACGAGAAGCUACAGGCAUUGAUCUGGAGAAUAUUGUCUACUACAAAGAUGACACCCACUAUUUUGUCAUGACUGCCAAAAAGCAGAGCCUACUGGAUAAAGGAGUAAUACUGCAUGACUACGCGGACACAGAGCUUUUACUCUCACGAGAGAAUGUGGACCAGGAGGCUUUGCUCAACUAUGCCAGGGAAGCAGCUGACUUCUCAACCAAUCAGCAAUUGCCAUCGCUGGACUUUGCCAUCAAUCACUACGGACAGCCAGACGUGGCCAUGUUUGACUUCACAUGCAUGUAUGCCUCGGAGAACGCAGCCAUGGUUCGAGAAGUGAACAGUCACCAGCUACUUGUGGCGUUGGUUGGGGACAGUCUGUUAGAGCCAUUCUGGCCAAUGGGAACUGGCAUAGCCAGGGGCUUUCUUGCUGCCAUGGACUCUGCCUGGAUGGUACGAAGCUGGUCUCUGGGAACUAGUCCUUUGGAGGUCCUUGCAGAGAGAGAGAGCAUCUAUAGGUUGCUGCCUCAAACCACCCCCGAGAAUGUGAGCAAAAACUUCAGCCAGUAUAGCAUUGAUCCUGUAACCAGAUACCCAAACAUCAAUGUCAACUUUCUUCGGCCAAACCAGGUGCGUCAUUUGUAUGAUACAGGGGACUUGAAACACAUUCACCUGGAGAUAGAGAAUUUGGUGAACUCCAGAACACCAAAGUUGUCACGGAAUGAGUCAGUAGCUCGCUCUAGCAAACUGCUGGGCUGGUGUCAGAGGCAGACAGAUGGAUAUGCUGGUGUCAACGUAACAGAUCUUACGAUGUCCUGGAAGAGUGGCCUAGCAUUAUGUGCCAUUAUCCAUCGAUACCGCCCUGACCUCAUAGACUUUGAUUCUUUAGAUGAACACAAUGUGGAGAAGAAUAACCAGCUGGCAUUUGACAUAGCCGAGAAGGAAUUUGGAAUCUCUCCCAUCAUGACUGGUAAAGAGAUGGCAUCAGUGGGUGAACCAGACAAGCUGUCCAUGGUCAUGUAUCUCACCCAGUUCUACGAGAUGUUCAAGGACUCCCUCCCUUCCAAUGAGAAUCUGGAACUUAAUGCAGAAGAAAAAGCAGCAUUAAUUGCUAGCACCAAAUCUCCGAUCUCCUUCCUCAGUAAACUGGGUCAGAGCAUUUCCCGGAAGCGGAUGCCAAAGGAUAAAAAAGAGAAAGACCUGGAUGGUUCAGGAAAGAGGAGGAAAACAAGCCAGUCAGAAGAUGAGGACAGCUCUCGAAGCUACAGAGAAGAGAGGCCUACCCUGGUGAGCGCCCUGACGGAGAGAAAAAUUGAUGCUGCCAUUGGGAACCAGAAUAAAGUGAAGUCUAUGGCAACGCAGCUGCUGGCCAAAUUUGAAGAGAAUGCACCUGCACAGUCCACAGGCAUCCGAAGACAGCCUUACCAAGACCGUGCUGUCAGCCAGCCAGCCUAUCGUCAGAGAGAGCAGGGCCGCCUGGCUCCUGUGCCUCAGUGGAAACAGAUGAGGAGAAAGGACCGUUCUCGGACCUGUCCCAAAAAAGUGAUCAUGCUCUCUUCUUCCUCCACUUGCACUUCCUCUCCAUCGUACCCCAGUCAGCAGACAAAAAGGGAGCUUCAUGCCGAUCCAGCUGGAGAACGGAGUCCCAGUCAGGAACGGUUCUUUUCAGAUGACCGUGUGCCAGUGCGCACGCUUACCAUUGAGCAGAGGGCAAGCCAACUGGCUGCCCUCCUGGAGCACAGGCCAACAACCAGGCAUCAGCCAGAGACUGAGCGAUCUCGUCGAUGUGUUGGUGAACAGUGGGAGCGCUCCCUUAGUCUCCGUUCUUCCAGCCGCCCGGCUUCUCCCUCAUCAGACUCCCUCAGACAGAAGUAUAUAAAGAUGUACACAGGCGGCGUGAGCUCAUUGGCUGAGCAGAUAGCCAAUCAGCUUCAGAGAAAAGACCAGCCUAAAACUCUUCUAGGCAAGAAGGAACUGGGUUCCUUAAAGAAAGAAUUCCCCCCAAACUUGGGAGGCAGCGAUGUCUGCUACUUCUGCCAUAAGCGUGUCUAUGUGAUGGAAAGGCUGAGCGCUGAAGGCAAGUUCUUCCACCGCAGCUGCUUCAAAUGCGAAUACUGUGCUACCACCCUACGUUUAUCAUCGUACGCGUAUGACCUGGUGGAUGGAAAAUUCUACUGCAAGCCUCACUACUGUUACAGACUUUCAGGUUAUGCACAGAGGAAGAGACCUGCAGUGGGUCCUCUGUCAGGAAAGGAUAACAAAGGGACCCAGCAAGAUACCAUGGCAGCUGAUGGUGCAGGGCGUUCAAGCUCCAUCUCAGCAUCAUCAGAGAGGACCCCAGCUCCCAAUGUUAACGGCCUAGAGGAACCCAGUCUUGCCAAGCGGGUGCGCGGCACACCAGAGCGGAUUGAAUUGGAGAAUUAUCGGCUCUCGGUACAGCGGGAAGAAGAUCUAGAAGAAGUUCCCGAAGAGACACUGGCAGAGCACAAUCUCAGCAGUGUGUUAGACAAAGGAACAGAAGAGGAUGUACCCAGCAGUAGUUCCGAAUCUGAGAUGGAGGAAGAGGAGGAGGAGGAGGAAGAGGAGGAGGAUCGACCGCAGCAACCCACCUCUGACCUGGGCGGUGUGCCGUGGAAAGAGGCAGUGCGGAUACAUGCCAUGCUGAAGGGGAAGAGCGAAGAGGAGCUGGAGGCUGAGAAAAACCACAAUGUGGAAGAGGAAGAGGAGGAGGAAGGAGAGGAGGAGGAAGGAGAGGAGGAAGAGGAAGUCUCUAGCGAAGCUGGAAACCUGAGGCUGCAGCAGAUAGUAAAUCCGGUGGAUCCCCUGGAGAUCUUGGCAGAUGUGCAUUGGACACACAUCCGUCAGAAAGAGGAGGAGGAAAAACUGGGCCCUACUUCUAAGUCCUCCACCUCCAGAGCAUCCGACCUCCCCUCCGUACGCCACGAGGCAGUGCAGGCGUGGCUGGAUACAGUCCCAGGAGCACUGUGUGAGGAGAACGACUAUGGCGAUGAAGUGGGCACCGAGCCUGCAGAAGCGAUCGAAGAUGGGGACACAGGUGCAGAGCUGGAUGAUGAGGACAUCCCGUCUGACGCAGAAGCAGAGUGCCGCCUGAAUCAAGGAGAGACUGAAGAGCUGGAGUCGAACGUUUCCAACCUCAAGGAGGCAGAAGCAGCUGCCCCUUGCAUUACGACAGAAGAUCCUUGCAAACCUUGUCUACCAGUCUCAUCGCCAUGCGAAAAGGCCGCUCCGCUUUUCCCAGUUCUUAUCAUCGAGGAAGAACCAAAAGAGGACUCAAAGGAACCUCUCACAACAAUGCCCUGCAAAGCAAGGACUCCAGAAGCCCGGUUUUUCCCUGAUCCACUCCUCUCAGAAGAGAAGACGCAAGAUGCUAUCCCUGAUGAUCAAAAAGUUAAAAGCCCAUCUGCACCACUCUCCCCAAUACGGUCCCAGCCAGUUGCACUUCCUGAGGCCAUCACGCCAGCAUCACCUGUGAAAUCACAACCAGCAUCUCCCACGUUACCUACACCUCCAUCGGCUACCCCCCUGCCUAUAUGUUCACAGCCUUUACCCUCUCCUGAAGCAUCCAUCCCUUCUCCAGGGGAGCCACCUGUGUGUUUUCAGCCGGUCCCAGCCUUAACCUCUACUCCUUUGGCCAAACUGGCCCUAAAAAGUCAAGAUAGUGAGAUGGAAAAAUUAGGAAGCCCUACCUCAGCCGAAGAGGCCUUGAAACGGAAUAACCUUGUGGAGGAGUUUUGGAUGAAGAGUGCUGAAAUCCGGAGGAGUCUGGGUCUUACCCCUGUGAACCGAGGCAGGGGAUCAGAGACAAGCUUUACCAUCUCACCCCUUGAAUCUAGUCCCCUCAAAUCAUACACUCCUGAUGGUGUUCCAGAAGACAAGGGAAUCCAUCUUGUAAAACCACAGCCAGCCCCAAGAAAGCCAGUCACACCCAAGUUAGAUGAACAGUUUUCGCUGCUGACACCAAAGUCCCCGUCAGAGAGAGAGCUGAAAAAUUCAAGCGAUGUCAAGAGAGACCUGUCCAGUAGUUCUGGACUUGGUCUUCAGGGCAGCUCAUCCAACAUGAAAACACUGGCCAGCCAGAGUUUCAACACUUCUGAUUCCACCAUGCUCACUCCUCCAUCCAGUCCCCCUCCUCCUCCACCUCAAAAUGAAGAGCCAGCCACACUGCGACGAAAAAGGCAUCAGGCAAUUUGGCAGAAUGAGGCAGAAUCUAAGCCAGCUUCCAUGCAAACACCUCUGCCACCACCAGCAAGUGAACGGCACCGUGCUGCCAGGGAGCCAUCUCAGCCUUCUAGGGAGGAGGUACGGAAAUCAUUUGUGGAGAGUGUGGAUGAGAUACCAUUUGCUGACGAUGUUGAGGACACAUAUGAUGAGAGGACUGAAGAUACAAGCCUCCAUGAAAAGUACUACACUCCCCCUACCAGCAGGUCAAGACCAGAGAAACCUCUUCACCUACAUUUGAUUAAAGAGAAUGGUGGGCCACCAUCAAUGGAAGGAGGAAGCCAACAGACGAGAGUCCUACCCCAAAUCUCUGUGGAAGCUAAGGAACUAGCUGAGGAAAGAAUGAGAGCUAGAGAGAAGUCUGUGAAGAGCCAAGCUUUGCGUGAUGCCAUGGCUAAGCAGCUGUGCAAGAUGAAAGAUCUGGAGAUGGCCAGUGCUGCUAGUGCAGCAAAAUUACGCAAAGCGUCAACCGCGCCGUCAAAGACCAAAGAGCUGUUUUUUGAGCCCCCAAGACAUGCAGCUGUGAAAGUGGGUGAAGGCCCCACCCUGAAGCACGAAGCCAGUAAUGAAAGGUUCUUCUCACCUUUUUCAGAUAACAGUGGGCGUGAUGCAUCAGUAACUUCUUCAGAAGGCUCUGGAGGGAAGAGUAAGAAAAGGACUUCUCUCUUCUCGCCUCGUAAGAACAAGAAGGAGAAGAAGUCCAAGAAUGACAGCAGACUCUCCGACAAAUCCAGUAGCGCAGCUGAAGAAGCCACCAAACCCAAAUCACUGUGGAAAUCUGUAUUCUCUGGUUAUAAGAAAGACAAGAAGAAAAAGGCAGAUGACAAAUCUUGCCCAAGCACACCUUCCAGUGGGGCCACAGUGGAUUCUGGAAAGCAUAAAGCAUCUCCACUGGUUAGAGUGGCAGAUUUGCAGCUGCGUCGGCACUUAAGCUUCUCAGAGGAUUCUGACCUCUCCAAUGAUGACGUCUUGGAGCGCUCUUCACAGAAAUCCAAGAGAGAGUCGAUUUACGUACCACACGCCUUGGCAUUCAAGAGGUCAUACGCGUCAAAGAAGGCAUACACGGAGGAUGAGCUCAAUGCCAAACUGACCAGGCGAGUGCAGAAAGCUGCUCGCCGUCAAGCCAAGCAGGAGGAGCUGAAGAGGCUGCACAGGGCCCAGAUUAUCCAACGUCAGCUGGAGCAGGUAGAAGAGAAGCAAAGGCAGCUGGAGGAGAGGGGAGUUGCUGUUGAGAAGGCCCUUCGGGGUGAAGCAGUUGAGCCCAAUGCCGGGACACCACGCCGUAGACCUCUCUCCUUCUGCCCUUGCUGUGCCCAUGAAGGCAUGGGAAAGAAGGAUGACCCCAAGCUGAUGCAGGAAUGGUUCAAGCUGGUACAGGAGAAGAAUGCUUUGGUGCGCUACGAGUCAGAGCUGAUGAUAUUUGCUCGUGAGUUGGAGCUGGAGGAUAGGCAAAGCCGGCUACAGCAAGAGCUCCGGGAGAGGAUGGCAGUGGAGGAUCACCUAAAGACAGACGAAGAACUGUCUGAGGAGAAAAGGAUCCUGAAUGAAAUGCUGGAAGUGGUGGAGCAGAGAGACUCUCUAGUGGCCCUCCUUGAGGAGCAGAGACUCCGAGAGAGAGAGGAAGACAAAGAUCUGGAGGCUGUCAUGCUGUCCAAGGGAUUCAACUUGAACUGGUCCUGAGUUCGCACCGCACCCUGCUGCUGAUCGGUGCCGUCCAGUUGGUAUAUGCCAAGUUGGCUGGAGCUGUCUGGAUGGUGGGGACUGUUUGGCGUGGAAACCCUGUGGGGGAGGUCCUUUCAGCAUCUGGCUGCCAGAGCCAGAAGUUUCCCCCCUCCCCAUUCAAGGGGCUGGUUCUAAAGAUGCUGAGUCCUGUGUGAAGUCUGCAAACCCACGUCUAAGGUGGGCGGCCUGAGGUUGCGUGCCUUCCUCGAGGACCUGUGCAAGAGGCCAUCGAGUAGUGGGUUUUUUCAUUUGUUUGUUUUGCAGUUUCUGAGAAACACUUACAAACCUUAUUGGAAGGAAGUGGGGAAAAAAUUGGACUGUAGCUUGACCUUUUUCACAUUUUGGCCUCACUUGUCCUCUCUGUAUUUUAAUACAAAGGAGAGAAAUGAAUACUCUCUUUUGAAUGGAUCGAUGACAUCCCUACAGCCGCUCUUAGAAAUGCAAAUCCUUUGAUCAAGUGAAUUCCACCAGUCCCAGAGCACGAAAUGUUGUAGGUGCAAAUAUUCUCCCCAUCAAAGAAGCCUGAAGAUGCCAUUAAUUUGCGUGGGCAUGGAAGAACCCCAGACACAGAGAGGACUGGAAUCUUGGAAGGCUGGUUUUAGCUUGAGACACGAGGUCCUUUCUACAUAUGUCACAAGCCCGGGCAGACUUCCUCUCUCCCUGCAGCCACUUACCAGUCACCACAGCCCUGAGAGGGGAUCAAGGAGCAAGACGUCCCUUCUCACCCCUGCAGUGUUCUGCACGGAAAGGGGCUGUGUCUGCUAUCCAUUGAAACACUAGCAAAAGAAGAAAAAGAAGAACUACUAUUAAGAGUUCUUCGUUGUGAACAUUUUGACACUGGAAAGUGCUGAUUAUGAAAAUAGGUUCCUUAUUAAGCAUUUUGUGGGAGCUGUUUCAGAGCACCCUUCUUAAUGCUCAAGAGCAGACCAGACUAUUCAGUGGGAUGUUUUUUAUAGUUUUUUUUUUUUUUUGCACAUCGGAAAUGAAGCAAAAGACCUGCCCCCGGCCCUUUAGUCACUUUAGGACCCUUUAAUGUUCAUUAACUUAUUUUUUUUAUACUUGAAAGAAGAUUUGCAUUUGUACAUUUUAAGCAAGCGAUGAGCGAGUGAUGGGAUAUGUGUGCCUGCUAUGCAUCCCCAACCUGUUUUGUUUGUUUGUGGUUUCUUACCUUUUCCUGAGUCUAUUUAUUAGAGUUGUUCUGAAUGGUGUUUCUGUUACGUACUAUAUUUGGCCGUAGAGAGGAGAUGCUUUUAAGUUCCAGGGUGUUGAUUCUGUUUCUGGACUUGCCCUUGCACUAUAUUGAAGGCCACAGGCCCUUACUAAUGCAGGAUUUCCAAAACCAGGCAGAUUCCUUGAUGAAUCUUCCACAUGUAGAGCAGAGAUUGUCGAUGGCAGGGUUUCCCCCCUGCAUUCAUUCCCCCUAUUCUGCUUCCUGAAUAGAUAGCAAAGCUUAUUUUAACUACUGCUGUAAGUUUUGUAACAAAAACAAACCAUUAUGGAGGCACGGCCACUCUCUCCUCCCCACUGCCGCCAAUCGAAAGAGUGAACCACAUCAGCAUCUUACAACUUGUCUCCGAGUGCAGGAUUAGCACAAGCCCCGCUAGUUUUCUUCCAACUCUGCCCCUUUUGGGAUGUGGAAGGAGCAGUAGGGGUCCUCACCUAACACAGUAGCGAGUAGGUACAUAACAAAGAAUAAACUCUUUUAUCUGUCACCAGCUGAAAGGUUCCAUAAGCACACAAAGCCCGUUGUCGUAUCUUGCAUGGUGCUGACCUGCAGCUUCCAAACUCUAUCCUUAAUUAUAUUUUCUUUUUAAGUGAACCCGGAGUUAGUUUUGAAACAAUGUUUAUUUUUAUGCCCCGGGGAUAUCCAGCGUGCUGUUCAGCCAAGGGUGCUGAUAGCACACUUCGUGGGGAGGGAAUGUCAGUCUCUGAAGUUAAAUGUUUUAUCCCUCUUGGCUGCCAGGUUUAGAACAGGAGCAGCAAUCCUGUGCCAUAAUGUGCAGAAGAGAGAAUCGCAGCAUGCUGUUUCCUGUAGCGCUGUGCUGCGGCAGGAGAAAAUGCUCCUGCUGAAACUCUUUUCAAGGGGUAAGAGACUGUCCUAUACUUACUCUGCUUCAGAGGUUGCCACUACCUAGUUUGGGUGAGACAGAGCCACGGGGGCUUCCUCAUUGGUGUCUGCUGCGGGUGCCUUUGAAAGGGGGCUGCUUUCGCUAAGCUUUUGUUUUUCCCAGUUGAGGCCUUUGUUCCUAUGGAAGGCCUUAGUGUUUGGCCUUUAUGGCACUUAGCCCUACUCUCUAUGGUGUAUGGUGAUUGCAAGCUGGAGAGGAAUGGCAAUAAAUGUCUCCAGGAAAUGGUACAUGUUCCUUCAGAAACAUGUCCUCACUUUCAGCCAUCGUGGAGCCAUGAGACUGACUGACCCUGUUCAAGAAGCGAGGAGCUAGAUUUCUGCAAGGCAGCCCCCAAGGAAAUCCCUGUAAAUGGUUCUGCCAUUUUCCCCGCUGCUUCAAGGCUGUGGUGGGGAAAAGUUAAGCUUGUCGGUGAAUGGCAAAUGGCUCCUACAGCUUCUCUUUCAGAAAGCUGGUCAAAAAGAGAGCAUGUCUGAGACAGUUUAAAAGAAAACGUAUUGAGUAUGUGAGUGGUCACAUAGAACAUCUGCACCUUUUACAUCACAGUGCAGUAGAAACCUGUCUAUGGGCCAGAAAGGCCUUUGGCACUUUACAGCCUGCUUGCAAAUGGUAGGCCUUGCAGCAUUUGUCUAAGUUUCAGGACAGGGGAGGGGAGUGAAUGUGCGUAAGCACCAAGAGCCCUCUCUUAAGUAGAUCUGUUUCAGCGUUGUAUGCAGGAACCUUUCAGAUCUGUAUGCAGAAUGUAAAAGGACUGCCAAAGAGGGAGGUGGGGCCUUUUCUCCUCAUUUUUGGAAGUGCAAAAUGGCCAUAUGUUUAAAGGUAAAAAAGAAAAAAAAAGGCAAGAGGUGUUUCAAAUGUUAGGGAGUAUUGUUUCCUUGCUUCAUUUUUUUUUUUUAAAAAAGAGAGCCUUGGUGCAAACUAAUGAAGGUGCCCCAGCUAACUGCUGAUACUUGGUAUUUGCAUAUUAAAGAAAAUUUGCUUCUCUCAAAGCUUUGCUUCCUUUGAACAGAACGCAGUAGGAAUGCGAGAAAAUGAUGCUUUGUAUUUUUUAAAAUGUUUUUAAUGUUACAAACAAGUGAUAAAAGACAAACUAAAUCUAAGCUGUUUCAUUUCUUUUUAAAAUAGUGCUUGAAAUUGAAAUUUUUUUGUUUUCAGGAAGGAAAACAAACUCCAAACUCCUGAGAGUUUCUAAAAUCAGAAUGUUAAUUCCGCUCCUGUAAUUAAUAUGGUGAAUUUAAUCCACGUGGAAGUAGUUUGUCCUGCACAAACUCUUUUGCAAAAAAAAGGAGAUACAGAGAGAGAGAUUAGUGCAACAGCACGGCUACGUAGUCCAUGUUAAUUUUAAUAAGGCGAGUGACAGAGGAUGUGUCCAGUAUGUCUCUCAAGCGCUGUGGCUGUUCUGUAGACAGUAUCUCUUCAUUCAAGCAACAAGCUACUUAGGAAGCAUAGCUUGUCUCUUAUCUUUUUGUUUUAAUUCAGUCACAAAACAAAAGCCCUUCAAGGGUUUCCCAAGUGUCCCUUAAUGUCUUUCCCUCCUCCGUAAAGGCACAGUCCAGUGUAGCAUUCAGCCCGCUUGGUCAAAGCUGCUCUUCGGACAGAAUCUCAGCAUUUUUGCAGAAUGUCAAAGGCAGAAUGAGUGGGGCCGUGAGAUUAAAUAAGUCACCUCUCUCUGCAAGAGCGGCACUUUGCCCCAGCCAUGUAAACACCUGCUUUCAGGCCUAGCCUCUUAUAUUUCAGUAUGUUUCCCUGGAAUCUGGCUAAUGAGAGGGUUUGUUGGACUGUCUGCUGCAAUAUUCAAGGUUUCAAAUUCCAGCCCAGCUCUUCAAAAUCUAUGCACGUACAUUUUUGUAGCUGCCCUGUCUAUUGCUGAGAUCUUUUGAACCACUCAGAUCUCCUUUAUUUAUCCUGUUUUCCAGUUGUCAAUCCAAAUUUAAUUUAUAAACCAGAGUUUUUGAGGCUAGGUAUUAUAAACAUGAACCAUAAAAUGUAGUUUGACCUGUAGAGUCAAUUUGUCGCCCCAACAGGUUACAGAUAGGAUUUUUCUUGCCCCCAUCAUACUCAAUACAUGACAAUACUGCUGUUGAUUUUAACUCAACAGUUGGAUCCUGCCAAUUCCUUCCACGCGUAUGAGAGAAGGCAGUUUCUGCUUGUUCAGGCCUUUUGUGGCUGAUCUCCAUUUUCCCCUGCAUGCUGUUCCCGGAGGGCCUUAUGCCCCCAAGAGCAGCAUUUGGGGUAGCAUUUUAAUUGCAGCAGCAGGAGAGAGUCAAAGAAGUUAAACUCUGCUGUCUGAAAUCCUUUAGCCCAUGGAGAUUCUCAGCGGGAGCUCAGCACUAAUGCUGAAUAUGGCAUCUUCGGUUAUCCUCAGCCACUUCACUCAGAGAAAACUGGAAUUUCAGAGUUUCCUGGUCUCCUGGAAGGGGAGGGGAGCUAUCCCCCAAAGCAAAUACAGUCUUUUGAUUGACAUUUUGGGAAUUGAUCCCUGGAAAUGGACUGCCUCCUGCAAAACUGAUAAGACCACUGGUGUGGGGAGGGCGGACUAUAAAUUGAAUAAAUUAAAUUCCCAUUCAUUAGCUUAUUUCUGAAGAAGAGCAAUAAAAUAUUGAAUUAGGAUGUAGCAUGCCCUAGAAAUUUCUCAUAUCUCAAUGAGGGGAGGUUAUUGAAUUCUUCUGUUGUGUUUGAUGAUAAGGUACAAAUGGAAGAAAUACAUCUAAGCAAUCUUGCUGGUGUUAUACAUGGUAUACGCAUCUUACUUUAGAUCCUUCUCAAAUUUUGUGAAAUUGAAGCCCUGUAUUAGAAAAUUUUCCACUUCUUUCUCCACCAAGAAAUCAGAAAAUGCUGUGUGUGGUCGGGGGGUAUAAAACGUUUUAAAGUGCUUAUCCACUUCCAUAUGAAAAUGCUGAAGCUUGAAACACCAAGGAGUCCCUUGAUGGUAGGGGGAAAACUAGCUAUAGAAAAGCACUGGAAUAUGAGUACAGAACAUUUUCUACCAGAGUUGACUUUUGAGUACCUGGGAACUAGGCAGAAAUAUAUUCCACAGGCAAAAUGCAUAUCAAAUGUGCUCUUUCAUCAAGUGGGAUUUGUGUGCUUCUGAGUUAUUCUAGGGUGUUUGGAGGAGGAGGUUCUCCUGAGAUUGAUGAACCAAUGCCUGUUACCAUUUAGGAAGAAAAGGAAAAUAUGGCCUCAGUCAUAGCAUCUUCCACACCACUGUAGCCCUGCCGAAAGAGGCUGUAUGUUGGAGAUGAAAGCUUUCUUUUGUCUAGGAUGGAGCUAGCAUUCCACAGCUUUAUUUUCUGUUAUGUGGAACAAAGAAAGGGGGGGCAGCCUUCUUUCCAAGACUAAUAACAAUGUGGGGAGGCUGGUUUCAUUAAGCAAAGCCAUAUAAAUUAAACCCACAGUCCUGAUUUGGAUUGGGGUUUGCACAGCCAUUAUUUGAGAGCUCUAACUAACAGAGCAAGAAUUUCUCAUCAUCAUGCUGAGGCAAGGUAAAGAUUACGUUCAUAGGUAAUUGUAGACUUUUUCUGCUAUGUUCAGUUCAGUGAGGAUAUUAAAAAAAACCAUUAUGUCAUCCUGUAAACUAACAGAAAUCUGGCUUGCGUUUUUUUGCAUCUUCUUGUGUUCUGUAACAGUGCAGGAAAAGGUCAGUUCUCCAAUUCAGUAUAAAUAGUCACGUUUCUGUCCCAGGUUGCUCAUGCUCUGUUGUGCAACAAGACAAAGGCCUGCCUCUGCCAGAAAAGCAGAAAGGAGAACAUGUUUCAUCUCUAACAUCACAGCUCUGUUUCAACCCUUGCAAUUUUAGCUUAAGUCCCAGUUAGGAACUACAUCUCCAUGUACCAAAUAUAGAGACAGGAUAGAUAUUUCUAGCUCGAAUGCUGGAUUUUAUGGCAGCGGAAACACAAAUAGCCCCACUGUUGUAAUGUUUCCUGUAAUACUUUGUGGCCACACUGUGCUCCCACUUGGAGUCUUGUUUCGUUUUUAAGUGCAGUGUCUGGCCCUCUUAGGACAUGGUGCUAAUGCAAAAGUGUAACAACAAGCACACUUGUUGCUUCCUCUGUGGGUUUUUAAUCUUUUCUUUUUUAAAAAAAUACCAGAAUGUUUCACAGCAUCCGCAGUUAUGUCUACUGUUGCGUUAUCUACUCGUGUUAACUUUUUAGACCAAAAAAAAAAAUGUGGCCACCCUCCCUCAAAUGCUCCCUUCAUUUGCGUUUAAGAAAACAAAUUUAACCAGAUUGUUUACAUUUGGACUUGGAGAGGAAAGUGUGUAUGUGUAUGUGUGUUCGAAACUUUUUUUGGCAAUAAAGAAUUUCAUGAAGCAGAUGGUUGAUAUUAAGAGGUAGGGAAGAAUCUCUCUCUAUGCAUGCCGUAUGUAGAAACUCCCAAGAAUUUCUGCCUUCUGGGGCACAGUUAAUGGAAUUUCAUAGUUGAGCAGAUGAGAAUGUCACUAAAGCAACAGGUUGGGGUAACGUUAUGUUCUGAUGGCAUUUCAGUUAUUUAAUUUUUUUAUGUGUGUGUGUGUGUGUGUGUGUAUAUAUGUAUGUAUAUGUGUAUAUAUAUAUAUGAAAACCAGUCCCAGUGAAGGGAUUUAAUGUGGUACCUUCCCCUUGGGACAGGUGGGAACUCUGAUAUUCAGACUGUUUUAUAGUUGGUGUGUGUGCAGUGUAACAGGAAACUGUGUUACUGUACUUUUUUCAUGUCUAAUCCUCCCCCCCCCAGAGCCCUUUUUACUCCCCCACUUCGUUGCAUUUCAUUCUGUAUUUCUUAUGCACAUUUCAUUGAUGGUGUUGAGAUUUUAGCACCCCGGGUCGCCAACU